AAUUUACAUUUAUUUAUCUAUCUCUUCUCUCUAUCUUUAAUCGAUUUUUUUGGUCUGUUGGUGUGAUUUGCAGCAAAUUAAUUUCUUCAUCAAAAUCAUUAAGUUUUACCAUUGUUUUGUAAUUAGUGCCAUAAUUCACUGAUCGUAUUAAUUUGUGACUGAGUGUGAUACCCAACCGGCAGCAUGGGCAACGAGAACUCUCUGCCGAUGGAGCUCUGUUCCAACUCACGUGUUAACUGCAUUGAUUUUAAGGUGGAGAACUUCGACGCGGACGAGAUCCGGCGGCUCGGCAAGCGCUUCCGCAAGCUGGACCUGGACAACUCCGGCGCGCUCUCCAUCGACGAGUUCAUGUCGCUGCCCGAGCUGCAGCAGAACCCGCUCGUGCAGCGCGUGAUCGACAUCUUCGACGCGGACGGUAACGGGGAGGUGGACUUCAAGGAGUUCAUCCAGGGCGUGUCGCAGUUCAGCGUGAAGGGCGACAAGCUGUCCAAGCUUCGCUUCGCGUUCCGCAUCUACGACAUGGACAACGACGGCUUCAUCUCCAACGGCGAGCUGUUUCAGGUGCUGAAAAUGAUGGUGGGCAACAACCUGAAGGACACGCAGCUGCAGCAGAUCGUGGACAAGACCAUCCUGUUCGCGGACAAGGACGAGGACGGCAAGAUCUCGUUCGAGGAGUUCUGCAGCGUGGUGGGCAACACCGACAUCCACAAGAAGAUGGUGGUGGACGUGUAGGCGCCUCCCCCCCCCCCCCACCGCUCGCUCGGCCGUCGCUAUAGUUAUCACUGAUAUAUCAUGUUUUCUGCAAAUGCACAUUCGCUCGCUGCUGACGGUUACACGUGAUCAGCUUCCAAGGAGAAGCGAGUCUAGACUCUAGGUCUAGUGUCGCUCGUUGACGAGCGGAUCGCGUCGAUCGGUCGCAGAGCGGCGGCGACGGCCGAGCGAGUCGUUUGCGGCCAACUUUAUACAAAUACCAACCGUCGAUAAUAUGAAUUUUAAAAAUAGUUUUAUCUGUAAAAACCAGUAAUUUCAAUAUAAUGUUGUCCUCACGUCGCCUGUUCUCGAGAAGUAGACGGAAAGUAGUGAUGUCCUCUCACUAGCUAGAACACUAUUCAAAUUGUCUGUCAACGUCCGUGUACGGAACUUCACAAACAGUUCAGUGUACGGUUCCUCACACUGACGUUACAAUUUCUUGACCGUUGACUGUCCGUGUCGGCCGCCUUAUAGCUACAGAUGUAGCCGUGUGAGCACUCAGGGGCUGAGUCUUCAAAUAAGUAAGACGGCAAGGAGACGUUUGUACCACACAAUAUGUAAUUUGACGACUGCUAUAGACCUCUAUCAUGAGGUAUAGUGCGACACGCGAGUCGAAAAUAAAUGAAAAUAUAUUUGGAAAACACUGUCUAGCUCUGAAGCAUUAUGUGUACUAAGAUAGCUGAUUUCAUUUUUAUCAAAUUUAAAUAAAUUCAAGUCAAUCUCAUCUAAAGAAAUAUUGUUUAUUGCAUUGUAUAGUGACAGUAAAUGUGGAGUUGCCAUAAAGCGAAUGUACUAGUUCCACUUUUAUUAACUUUUACUCUUUUAUAUCGCAAUAAAUGAGAUACAGACGUGUCCAUGUCACACUGUCACACUGUGCGCAUCGUCGGUCAACUGGUCAUCUUCCAUCUAACAUUACUUUAAAAUAAGACAUAUUCAUUAUUCACGUUUACUUUAUAUUAUAGAUAUACAAAGUUGUAGAGAUCUUAUUGUAGUCAAAUCGAGAAUAUUUUUUUUUUAUUAUUAUUUUGUUGGUGUAAUUUUAAUUUGUAUUGUUAUUUAGUGUUUUAUGUUGGAAGUUUGCCGACCACUAGAGAUCUGAUCGGUAGUACCGUUUCGAUGUGUGGCCCCAAUGUACAGAAAUAGCGAAGCUACAGCUAUGCGCUAGCGACGAACGCUGUCGCUAAUGUGGCGAGCUGUUAGGUUUACAUAAUAAUAAUUAUGAAGAAAAGUAUAGUUACUGUGUUGAAGAGCAACGUUCGGCAUAUAUGUGACACAAUGUAUCACGAACGCGACAUUCGCGUGUGCAGGAGGCUCAGACCAAUAUAGAAGGACAAAAUUGUCCGUCGUUUUCUGAGGAAAACGAGCUUUGAUUUGGUAUUUUAUACUAAACUAGAACUUUUUGCCCGUUUUUUUACAUUACCAUAAAACAAAAAGCAAUUUUAACGAAGCUUUUUAACCGACAAACACGAUUCCAACUAUGAAAAUCGCACUAGAUCAUUGAUCGUAUGCUUUGAUAAACAAGUAACGUCUAGCGAGAAUAGUCCUUUACGAUAAUUGACGGACUCUGGUCCAGUGGUAUGCGCGGUGGAUUUACAACACGGAGGUCCUGGGUUCCACCCCCGACUGGGCCGAUUGAGAUUUAGCGUUCCGGUACAAUGUCGUGUAGAAAUCAAAAGGUGUUUGCAUUUUCAUCCUCCUCCUAACAAGUUAGGCCGCUUCCAACCUGGACUGCUUCAUCACUUACCAUCAGGUGAGAUUGUAGUCAAGGGCUAACUUGUAAAGAAUAAAAAAAAAUGGUCUGAGGCAGGAGGUGAUCCCUUUUUGUCCUUCCCUCCUCCUCCUCCGCAGGUCCUCUCUCGCUCCUGACCGCUCCCCGCGCAGCACCGAGCGAUAAAGCUCUACGCACACUAAUAUUUACGAGAUUCCUCCGUACAAACACAGUAACGCGAUACAGUUUCUCCGAUGCUCGUAAAGUUUCUGUCGUUACAUAAUCUCACUGUAAUUAUCAUGUUAAUGUUCCAAAUUAUGUACAAUUUAUUAAUAUUUUGAAAGUAUUAUAUUUAAGCGAUUGUUUCUAUUUUCAAACGAUUAUUAUCUUUAAAAAUAUAUCAGGUCGAGGCGUAGGGUCGAAAUAUUUAAACUUUAAGAACUAAUAAGUUGUGAUGUAUUCGUUUUUAAAGGGAUAUAAAGGAUUUUGUGUGGAGGCUGGGCCUUUAUUCUGAGUGUCAAGCAGAACAAAUUAUUUUUAUCUUAAAAAAACAUAAUAAUAAGGCGAUUUUAAAACACAGCAUUGGCUGUUUUGGAGACUUACUGUAUUGUUUAUUUUAUUUUGUAGACAAGGGAGCAAAAAAAUAUUUAUUUAAUUAACGUGGGCUUUAAAAAUUCUGAAAAUUUUGUAAACAGAAAUUUGUAUCCGUAAAAAAUACUAUAAAUUAUAAAUAAUAAAGGCCCAUUUUGGGAUAUGUCCUUUGACAAGUCUCGUUAUUGUACGGGACGUUUGUUUCGUUGAACGUGUCGCGCCGGCGGUGUGGCCACGCCCUUAAUCUUAAUAAUAUCUAGUCGCAUUCUGUUGUGAAUCCAAUAAUGUACACUUUAGAUUAGUUUCGAUGUCAACUGUAGCCGAGAGCGCGCGCGGUGCGAGCGGUGACAGCGGGCACACGGUGCGUAGCGGCGCCGCAUCGCAAACAUUCACCGCAUCAGCGGCACACGAGCGGUGCGGCGCCGCAACGUUGUUAUGUCGCAGCGGCCGAGCAGCGUCGCGACGCAGUCACCCCUCCCCGCCUCCCCGCCUCGUGUCGAUGUGAGACGACGCAGCGACGCCGCACCGCCGCCGCAGCGCAUCGUGUGCCGGAGCUGGCAUUCGACGCGCAUCACCAGCGAGGUCUGUAGUCUGUAGUGUCAACGUAUUAUGUAACCUAUUGUCUCAGUGUACCAUUCAAAUAAUAAGUUACUACAUCGUUUUUCGUUUUUGUGAUCAUAUAACAUACUUAUCUCAACAAAAUGACAUCGAUUACACCAUGUUACAUCAAGUGGCAGUGGUUUUAGGUUUUUACAAUCAUAUAACAUAAUUAUUUCAAUAAAAUUACGUAAAUAACGAUUUUCGGUUAAAAUAACGUACUACUUGAACGAAAAUACGAUGAAAAACCACGCAGCGACUCAUUAUUUGUAGGGUACACAAACGAUAACCCUGCAGAUCACAGCUUCCACGGAUACAAUCGAUUUCUGAUAUUGAACCUUUUGACGUCCAAUCAACCUGUCGCCUCUGUUGAGUACUGUAGUGUUCAACAACUCACCGAUUUUCACAGUGAAAUGAAAAUAAAUGUUGAAAAUUAAAAUAAUGACACUAGUUUAAAUGUUCAUAAUUUAUAAGUGCCUAGGUAAACGUUUUGUUUAAGUAUAACUAAAUUCACUCUGAUUUGACAUCAUAACCAGUUUGUUUUAAUUUAUUGUUUGUUUGUUAAAUAACAUGUGUUCAUAUAAGUGUAGCGGAUUGUGUUUAGUUUAGCAUGUACCUACGUCCGGCGCGCCUGGACACGCGGCCGGAGGCUCUCGUCAUUUCUCUUAAGAUAGCGGUGUGCUGUGCGACAAGACAAGCUUUGUCACCAUUAAAUAAAUAAUAUUACUUUCAUAAUAAGAGAUAAAAUAUUGGUAUGCAAGUAUUAUUAUGUUUAUUUCUUUCAUUAACACAUCUGUAAUGUUUGUGCACAUUCUAGUUGAUCAGUUGAUCACUCGGUUAAUCACUUGGUUGAACACUGUAUCUACUUAAUACCAUCGUGGGACGCACUACUGUAGCACCCAAGUGCGACCUGCUCUUGUCUGAGGCUUUUAUUCAUAGACUAAUCAAUUGACAACCUAGGCUGUUGACAUAUACACCAAACAAGGUGGCUACUUAUUUUCAAACUGCCUGCAUUGAAUUGAAAAAUAAUUAACACAAUAACCUUCAAAAGGAGAUGUUCAUUGAUUAAAGAUUUCUUUUUAACGCUAUGCUGUGUGCUAGUACUACAGACACGGUCAAUAUACAGUCGCUAUGCGAGGGCCUGCCCCAAGACCUGAUAAUUUUUUAUGAUUAAAAUUGUUGGAGUAGGAACCUGCACUUCAGCAUUUUUAUUUGUAUAAGAUGUUACAUAUUUGAGUCAGGAUUUGUUGUGCAGUGUGCUAGUUGUUAGAGAGCUAAGACCUGCCAGUUUCUGUAAUUUUGAGUAAUUUAUGUAUCACUCAAAAUUAUUAACAUCCAUAAAUGAAUUAUUGGAAUUAGAUUACUAACAACACCCGCGUGUCCAGACAGCCUGCAGCAUCCUUCUGUUCUCUACUGGAACUAAGUUGUAAUAAAUUUCCUAAUUUCUACAA